AUGCUCGGCUCUAGGACCAAGCACGUCUUUUCUUAUGGUCGUCGUGGACGUCGCGUAGUGAACGCAUACGAUGACUACGACCGGAAACAUCAGGACGCGGAUUCAGCCUCUUCCAGGCGCGAGAACGAUGUGCCCCGUCCUCAUGUCAUGUCCGAGAAGGGGACGAAGGAGUCUCCAAUUUCGAACAAGUCCAAGGUUUCUAUGCAGGACAGCCCUCCUAUUCUCAAGAAGAAAUCCAAGAAGUCCCCUAAGGCCACCAAGGUUGGUAUCGCUACCGCUAAACCCAAACCCAAACCCUCCUUCCGGCCACCUCUUGGCUCCAUCGCCCCGAACGCUCCAGGUUCCCCUGCGUUACCUCCCUCUCUGCGAGCAAUGCGACGUCCGACUGCUGCGCAGGCGUCCCCAUUGGCCCCGCAAUCCCCUGUGGUAAGCGUCGACAUCAUCGUUCUCGACGCUAAAGGUCGGCGCGUCAGCCAGGAGCAUCGAAUUUCUCGCAUGGAUGUGCAGACCAACGUCUUGGCACCUGCUCCUUCCAAGAAAGCUAAAAUGCUUCCGCGUUGCCCAAAGUUGGGAACGGGUAAGAAGAUGAGCGAGCCCAUUGUGGUUACUUCAGACUCAGAAGAGGACAUUCCCCUCGCCAGGCCGAAGCGGAAUGUCCAGACGAAGGUGAAACCCAUUGUCAUCUCCGACUCCGAGGAAGACUCGGACAGCGACUUCGCUCCUGAAAACGAGACAGGGGACGUGGACACGUUUAUUGAAGACGUUACCCUCACGACGCCUCGUUUCCGACGUCGCGUGCACCGAGCGCGGUCGAACGUCAUUCGCUCACCAUCACCUACACCAUCUUUGUCCCCUUCGCCCCCUCCCGCUCUUGCAAAACCACAGCCGGCGAUCAAGGCUCUCGCAGUCGCACAUCCAUCCGUUCCAAUCACGCGCAACCUAACCUUACCGCCUCAACUCACACGCCCACAAACUCUCGCGCCCUUCUCAUCCCUACCAGAUUUUGAUGAACCCGAAGCAGGGCCGAGCAGAUCAAAGCCUCGCAAGCUGACCCCCAUCCGCGCACGCCCCGGCCGCGCGCUCUUCCCCGCUCCCCCAUCCCCACCAUCCCCGACCACGCCCUCCGACUUCGACGCAGACGCCACCUUCGACUUCGGGCAGCUCGCGCUCUCCCCGCGCGCCCUCGCGCAGGUCCAGCAGCUCGAGGCCGCGAGCCUGCCCCCCGUGCCUGCGUACGUCCAGCCGCUCCUGGCCGAGUGCGCGCAGACGACCCCGCAUGAGUUCUCCGCGUUCAUCGAGAUGUUCCCGUUUGACCCCAUCGUGCGUCUGCACGACCCGCAGGGGCGCGCGGCGGGAGCGGCGGGGCCCCCCAGGUUCCAGAAAAUCGGCGAGGCCAGCUUCUCGGAGGUGUUUGGCAUCGGCGACGUCGUGCUCAAGAUCGUCCCGUUGCGCGACGAGGAGCGGCACGGGGAUCCCGUCGGGGGACCGAACUGGGCGAUGGACGCGGAAGGCCCGGCGCCGAGCGAUGCGAAGGAUGUGCUGAAGGAGAUCAUCGUGACGAGGGCCAUGGGCGCGUGCUGCUCGGGCUUUGUGGAGCUGUUGCGGACGUACGUCGUCCGCGGGAAGUACCCGUCGCUGCUGUUGGACCUGUGGGACGAGUAUGCGGAGCGCAAGGGGAGCGAGAGCGUCCGCCCAGAUCCCUUCACCGUGUCGCAGCUGUACGCAAUCAUCGUGCUACCCAACGGUGGUCCGGACCUGGAAGCGUACACAUUCAGCACGCCCACCAAGACGGGCUGGCGGCAGGCCUGUAGCGUCUUCUGGCAGGUCACGCGCACGCUCGCGGAGGCAGAAGACCUGGUCUGCUUUGAGCACCGCGACCUGCACUGGGGCCAGAUCCUCGUCAAGGACGCCCCCCCGAAGAGCGCGCCUCGGCGCAAGACGCGCGUGUCGAUGGACGACGCCGGCCACGGCGUCCUCGUCACCAUCAUCGACCUCGGGCUCUCGCGCAUGGACUCGCACGACGCCGCCGGGGCGGGCGUCCACUGGACGCCGUUCGACGCGGAGACGUUCGAGGGUGCGGGCGACUACCAGUUUGACGUGUACCGUAUGAUGCGCGCCCACAACGGCGACCGGUGGCACGAGUACCGGCCGCUGACGAACGUCAUGUGGCUGCACUACCUGGUGCUCAAGCUGCUGCAGUCGAAGCGCCUCCGCCCGCCUGCGGCGUCGCGCAAGAGCACUGUCGCGCCGUCGUCGGGGUUCAGCGAGCGCGAGUGCUACGAGUGCCUGAAAGAGGUCGAGGGCGUCCUUGGUCUGUGUCUCGCGGGCAUCAACGCCCCUCAGGGCACGCGGAAGAAGGGCCCGGGUCGUACCCGCAAAACUCAAGCACCGGUGAAGGCGGUCCAGGAGGUUUUGAGCCCGCAGAGUGCGGGGGAACUCCUUGGGUUGGCUAUGGCGAGAGGAUGGGUUUCGUAGAACGGUCAUGCGGUCGAUGUAUCUCUCGCCGCGCCUUCCCGCACCGCACUACAUCUGGUGGAAGCUUGUUGUAAUCUAUCUGUACC